GCUCUCUUCCCUCCUGCUUCCUCACUGUGGUGGCUGGGCUAUUUCCCCCAUGACUCUCUGCGUCUAGACCUGGCUGUCCCGUGCCUUUGCCAAUCAAACCUGAACUUCCUCCUCCAACAGUGAAGAGAGGGCCUCCUGCCUUUCUGGGUCACUUUUCUUCCCCUCACCUUGACACCAAGCCGCCUCUGCUUGUGCCUCCCUGUGCCCUCUGCUCCUGCCCUGCCCACCCUGGGCACCCAUCACCCAUGGACGACUCGGAAGUGGAGUCGACUGCCAGCAUUCUUGCCUCUGUCAAGGAGCAGGAGGCACAGUUUGAGAAGCUGACGCGGGCGCUCGAGGAGGAACGGCGCCAUGUCUCAGCCCAACUGGAACGAGUCCGGGUCUCCCCACAGGAUGCUGGCCCGGGCUUGGCCAACGGCACGCUCACCCGGCGGCACCAGAACGGCCGUUUCUUGGGUGAUGCUGACCUGGAAAGGCAGAAGUAUCCAGAUCUGAAGCUCAACGGGCCGCAGGACCACAGCCACCUCUUGUACAGCACAAUCCCCAGGAUGCAGGACCCGGGCCAGAUCGUGGAGGAGACGUACACCAUGGAGGAGGACCCAGAAGGGGCCAUGUCGGUAGUGUCUGUGGAGACUUCAGAUGAUGGGACAACUCGGCGUACAGAGACCACGGUGAAGAAAGUGGUGAAGACUGUGACCACUCGGACGGUGCAGCAGGUGCCGGUCGGGCCUGAUGGGUUACCUUUGGAAACCUCCCCUGUCACCAGCAACUAUGUCCAAACCAUGGACAGGAACUUCCGCAAGAACGGCAACGGGGGCCCUGGCAGCUACCUGAGUCAGCCAGGCACAGCCACCCUCCCUCGUAACUACCACUACCCCGAUGGCUAUGGCCGCCCCUACGAGGACGGCUACCCAGGCAGCGAUCACAGCCACGGCAGGCUGUCCCGGGUGCGUGUCGGGGGCAGCAACAUGGACCUCAACCAUUUCCACCCUGAGCCAUACGGCCUGGAGGAUGACCAGCGCAGCGUGGGCUUUGAAGAUGUGGACUACGGGCUUAUGUCUGACUACGGCACAGCCAGGCGGGCAGGGACCCCAUCUGAUCCUCGGCGGCGGCUCAGAGGAUCGCAGAGACGAUACCAUGAGCUGAGUCGCAUGUGGCUCAUGCAGGAGAAAACUUGCAUCCGCUUCUAA